CUUAAAGAAACAUUUGAGAAUUUUUAAAACAUGUACAGAGUUGUUCUAGUUUUGUUAGUAGCCACUGCAGUGAAUGCUGGACAUUUGGCAUUAGGAGUCGGAUAUAACAAUUAUGGACGUGUAUUAGGAACAGGAUCUGGAAGUACCGUAUCGCAGCAAUCUACAAGUACUUCCAUUGCCAACUCGGCAAUAGCUCCAGUAACUAUAUCCUCUGCUCCAGCUGUAGCAUUAGCUGCACCCCCUGUAGCCGUAUUAUCAGCCGCACCUUUAGCUGUAGCUGCACAUCCUGUAGUAUCUAUACCGACGGCAACUAGUUCUCAAUCUCGAGUUGACGUCAUUAACUCUAGACCUCUUGUGUCUCAAGUGGUUUCUUCAGUACCUGUCAACUUUGCGGUAAGCGGGGGAGUUGGAGCUGGAUACGACUAUGGAUAUGGUAAUGGUUUGAUAGCAAGCGCUGGACUUGUCACGGGAAAUGUCAAUUCAGCUUAUGGGACUAACGGACAUUCGCCCAGAUCAUACUAGGAUG